AUGAAAUAUGAAAAACGUGAGUUAUUAUUGAAUUUAGCUAAUCGAUUAUACCAUUCACCUGAAAUUAGUGAAGAUGAUAAGGAAGAUCCAAGUAAAACUAUCAUCUGUAUUUAUGAUUACUCGUGGCGCUUGAAUAAG